UAGGAAGUUCCCCACUUCCCAAUGGCAUAACUCGGCAUUUUUCCAGUCCCCAGAACUCAGUGCCGCCGGCGCUCUCCGCCCUUCCGACUUCAACCUCGUUUCAUUCUCAGAUUCUCUGUACACUUUCGUUCUCCGGUGAUCUCGAUGGCUGCGACGGCGAGUAGUGCCUCAAAUUCGAGCUCUCACACGCCGCGUUACUCCAUCAAUAGCCCAAUGUCGCGAUCACGGCGCGCUCCGUCUCCUUGGACGCAGAUCGACAGGGGAUGUGAUUCGGACGUGAUCCAAAAUGAUCCUGCUCCUUCUAUCUUGCCCUCCCUCGCCGAUGAGGAUCCCUCUCUCCCGCCUGUGAGUCCAUCGGUUUCACCGCCGAUCGACAAAUACACUCAGCAUACCGACAUUUCCGGUAAGAAGCCGGCCUGGAACAAGCCUUCAAAUUCCUCCGCCGAUGUUGGCCCCGUCAUGGGGGCCGAAUCAUGGCCCGCGCUCUCUGUUUCUGCUAGGGUUUCCUCAGUCAAGUCCGUCUCUUCAGAAUCCUUGAAAGGACUUUCUGAUGGAUCAUCAUCAAUGCCACCCCUGCAGGCUGUUGAAAUUCCUUCCACUUCUACCCAGAAACAAUCUGUUGGCAAUACCAUUGCCGAUAACCAUAAUGCGUUAGGCCAAGAGAAACCCUUUAAACGGAAUAACUCAAGUCGCAGCAUCAUCUCAGCGCCUUUAAAUACUAUCCGUUCUAAGGAUCAGACCCACAGCCAGAGGAGUGGUUCUUAUGGCGGAGGAAAUCCACAGCACAAAAACUCGUACAGAAACCGCAAUGGAGUUUCUUACCCUCGUGGAGACAGUGUUCACCAGCAGAACCAUGGAAACAGGCGAAACUAUGACCAUGUUAACCAGACUGCGUUUCCUCGCCAUAACUAUAAUGGGAGAGAUGUGCACAUGCAGCAACCACAGCGUGGUUUAGGGCUUGUGAGACCUCAGGUGAUGAUGGGGCCUCCCUCUUUUCCUGCUGGUGGUUCACACUAUAUGGCAGGCCCCCAUUUGUACAGUGGUCCCAUGCUUUACCCAGAAUAUCCCUCAGCAAUCUAUAUGCCACAUCCACCUCCAGAGUCCAUGGCUUUGGUUGGACAGUUUUCACCUCAGCCUAUCUAUUUUCCUGGUUAUGAUCCCAUGUUGUUCACUAAAAUAGUUAAACAAGUAGAUUUUUAUUUCAGUGCCGAUAAUUUAAGCAAAGAUAAGUACUUGCGACAGCACAUGGACGAGGAGGGUUGGGUUCCUGUUAGCUUAAUUGCCGGUUUCAGAAAACUAGCGGAACUGACCAACAAUGUCCAGAUUAUAUUGGAUGCUGUGAUAAGUUCUGCUGUUGUGGAAGUUCAGGGUGAGUCUAUAAGGAGGAGAGGGGAUUGGAACAAGUAUGUAUGGCCUCGGGACCUCAGGGAAACCACGACUGCCUCAGCGGCACGUCCAGAUGCCACACUGGCGGGACAUCUUCAGGAAAUGAAGCUGGCAGAAGGAAGAAACCUGCAGGCAGAGGGAGAACGAAGAGAUGAUUCGGUCGAAGAAGAAGAGAGCAACAAAGAGUUAUCUGCCUCUCUCACUGCAGCUGGGACAUGAUGUCCCCUGUGAUGCUGUUGAUGUUCAUCUCGUUCCUGUUUUUGUGGGUGAGGAGGAAAGAGGCGUUUCUAUCUGUUUUCCCUGUCCUUGCAGUGAGUUUCAUUGCCCUGCUUCAAACAAUUACACACUCUCUCUCUCUGUCUCUCCCCUUUUUUGUUACCUUUGGAGAAUGGGAUAGGAGAAUAAUGCUCAACAUUUUGUUCUUCUAAAAAUAAGGAACGGAACUUUUCAGACCUC